CAGACAUUCACUGAUAUCGACCGCGGUUGCGAGUCACUUAAACGCAGUUGCUUAUCUCAGUCCCAAAACCACGGCUACUGCUUCCUCUAUCGUGAUGGUUGUCCAAAAAAUGAAGAGGUACAGAAAAAAAUCAGCCACAAGGACCUAGAACGCUCUCGCGAGAACUGCCCUACAUGGAAACGAAAAUGUGCAGCGAAAUACCCAAAACAUUUUGCCUGUCGAACGUAUAAACGACAAUGUGGACCGAUUGAUUUUCCUAUUGGAAACAAUUCGACUGAUCAUGGCAAGGUUUCUCUGAAGCUCGUACGGAAAUGCAUAAAAUGGCAGCGGAAAUGCGAAGAGAAGUACCCGAAGCAUUUUGCAUGCCGUCAGUUCAAGCGAAAGUGUCGUUCAGUCCAUCUACCGCUUCAUUCCAACAGCACAUCUGUGGACAGUACCAACUCAACUAGAACUAUCUUGGACGACACCGAGUCCGAAGAGCAUGAGGGUGAAGUGAAAAUAUUGGAACAGUGCAAGCAAUGGAAGAAGACAUGUGCGAAAAAAUAUCCAGAGCACCACUCCGUGCGCGAGCAGUACCGACGCAAUGUGGCUCUUCGCCGCAACGCAAAGCUGAGGUUCAAAGGAUAG